AUGCCUGAGCCCUCUGCUCCUCUGCCCACAGCCCUAGGCAGCCAUGCCGCACAGCCCACAUCCAGAGAGGAAGAGAUGGCCCAGAGCUUCUCUGACUACUCUGUGGGCUCCGAGUCAGACAGCUUCAAGGAGGAGACCAUCUACGACACCAUCUAGGCCACCUCACAAAAGUUGGGCGGUGCCAGGCCGGGGGAGGCCGCGGGCAACACGCUGGUGAUCCGCAUCCUCAUCCAGGACCUGCAGCAGAUGAAGUGCCUGCGCUUCAACCCGGAUGCCACGGUGUGGACAGCCAGGCUGCGUGUGCUCUGCUCCCUGAACCAGAACCUGCAGGACGUGCUCAACUACGGGCUGUUCCAGCGGGCCAGCAACGGGCGCUACGGCAAGUUCCUGGAGGAGGAGCGGCUCCUGCGUGAAUACCCACAGCUGCCUGGGGGCAAGGGCAUGCCCUCACUGGAGUUUCGCUACAAGAAGCGGGUGUAUAAACAGUCCACACUGGACAAGAAGCAGCUGGCCAGGCUCCACACAAAGACUAAUCUGAAAAAAUGCAUGGACCACAUUCAGCACCGGUCAGUGGAGAAGAUUGUCAAGAUGCUGGAACAUAAUUUCCAUGACCUGGACACUGGAGAGACGCCCCAGACCCUGGCAGUGAAGCUAGACAACCCCACGGAGGUGAUGAAGGCGCUCCACAACAGAGGGGCCCACCUGGACUUUCCGGCAAAGGGCGGGUUGACCGCCCUGCACAAGGCCGCCUGCACCCAGAACCAAGUGGCCCUGAAGACACUCUUGGAGCUGGGCGUGUCCCCAGACUACAAGGACAGCUACGGGCUCACCCUGUACCACAAGGCCAUCCUGGGGGGCGACCUGUACUGCUGCGAUCUGCUGCUGCAUGAGCAGGCCCUGUGCUGCCAGGUCCAGAACAGCUGGCACAAGAUCCACUAG